AACAAAGAACCAGCCUGAGAUUGAAUCAGCCUGAGAGAAAUGAUCAUGUCUGGUGUUUGUUCUUUUAUAUUUAUUUAUUCUACCAGGUGAACGUGUUGCAGAGUAACUCAGGUAACACAGGUACAGUGUUUCUUCUUCUUUCUAUGAAUCACGUGACCACCCCUCAGAUUUAUCUGGUGACCCUUCAGAGGGGCUUGACCCCCUGGUUGAGAAUCGGUGGACUAAACUAACUGUACGUGACGUAGUUAAACCAGCUCCACUGCCGCUGAAGCAUCGAUCACUCAGGAUCAAUGAUCUGAUCAGAGAUCAGUCACAGGAGACCGUUACUGCACAGUGAAGUACUUUUACUGCCAUACUGUAACUAUGAAGUACUUCUACUGUCAUAGUCUGGGUUCAUGAAGCUGAGGCACGUGAAUUGCUGACGUAAUCAGGAGACAGACAGACAACAUGGCGGCGGAGUCUGUUCAGAAGGUUAUAUUUGAACAUGAGGGAGUCUUCAUUCAUCCCAGCAGCGAUGAGGACGGCAUCGAGCAGGAUUUGCUUGUCUCGGGGUCACUUCGGAUCAUCGACAAGGAUGGAGAGAUCAUUGUGGAGUACAGACCUCUGGAGGACACCGUCGACCCCUCCAACAUGCUCUGUGCUGGAAAGGACUCCAGCUCAGUGGUGGAGUGGGCUCAGUGUCCAGGAGAGAGGUCCCAUCAGCUGUUAGAGACUCAGCAGAGCUACGAGACCGAGUGGGACAUGGUUAAUGCUGUGUCCUUCAAGAGGAAACCCUGCCCCAAUGGAGAAGGCUCUCUGAACCACAGCCAUGAGAGGAGCCGGUGGGCGUUCACCUUCAGCGUCAGUGACCUCAGGUCCAUCACAGUGAAGGAGGAGGGGUGGACCUUCCUGAUCUUUAAACUGAAGGAGUCCUCCACCACCCUCCCUACUCUGCACUUCCACCAGGGCGGCAGCAGAGAGUUCCUGGACAGCCUGAGGAGGUUCGCUCUGCUCAGCGAGACUCCAGACGAUGAGACGUGUCUGAUCGUCAGCACUCCAAACAAAGCUCUGUCUCAGUCCUUCGAGAACCUGCUGGACGACAACAACUUCGGCCUCGUUCAUAAGUUCAAGAAGGACCCAUACGUGACGACUCUGGGCGGCUUCUCCAAAGUCACCAACUACAUCUUUGAUGCCUUCAGGGGGACGGAGGAGCAGCACCAGCGCCCCCCAGAGGAGGUGGCUGACCUGCUGGGUGAAGUCAUCCCCGGCCUGGAGAUCAACCAGCAGGAGGAGCCAGGCUUCGAGGUCAUCACCAGGAUCGACCUGGGGACGAGGCCUCAGGUGACAAGGAGGGAGCCUCUGUCUGCAGAUGACUGGACCAAACACCAGGAUCCAGAGGGGAGGAUGAUCCAGAUCCCUCACCUCAGACAAGUCAUCUUCAAAGGGGGACUCUGUCACGCUGUGAGGAAAGAAGCCUGGAAGUUUCUGUUGGGAUAUUUCCCCUGGGACAGCACGCUGGAGGAGAGGAAAGCUCUGCAGAGGAACAAAACGGAUGAAUACUUCAGGAUGAAGCUGCAGUGGAAGUCGGUCAGUGAGGAGCAGGAGAGGAGGAACUCCAGACUCAGAGACUACAGGAGUCUGAUCGAGAAAGACGUGAACAGAACCGACAGAACAAACAGGUUCUAUGAGGGCAUCGAUAACCCGGGUCUGGUCCUCCUCCACGACAUCCUGAUGACCUACUGCAUGUACGACUUUGACCUGGGUUACGUUCAGGGGAUGAGCGACCUGCUGUCUCCUAUCCUGUACGUGAUGGAGAACGAGGUGGAUGCUUUCUGGUGUUUUGUGUCCUUCAUGGACCAGAUGCACCAGAACUUUGAGGAGCAGAUGCAGGGCAUGAAGACUCAGCUGAUCCAGCUCAGUACUCUGCUCAGACUGUUGGACUUGGCCUUCUGGAACUACCUCGAGUCUCAGGACUCAGGUUAUCUGUAUUUCUGUUUCCGCUGGUUGUUGAUCAGAUUUAAGAGGGAGCUCAGUUUCCAGGACGUUCUGCGGCUCUGGGAGGUGAUGUGGACUGGUCUGCCCUGUCAGAACUUCCACCUGUUGGUGUGCUGUGCCAUCCUGGACUCAGAGAAACAGAAGAUCAUGGAGGAGAACUACGGCUUCAAUGAAAUCCUGAAGCACAUUAAUGAGCUCUCCAUGAAACUGGACAUUGAGGAGAUUCUUCAGAAAGCAGAGGGGAUCAGCCUGCAGAUAAAGAGCUGUAAGGAUUUACCCGACUCCGUCAGCAGCAUCCUGGGCUUCACCUCCGAUGUCUCGGGCUCCGAGCCGUCAAAUCCUGGAUCUCCUUGGGCUCCCAGAGCGACACAGCGACAGGACGCCUGCUCCAACGGCCACGGACACUUGAGAGAAACCAGCUCUCACAACAGCUGCAAAGUUGCCUUCAUAUCGUAGUGAACCGCAGAUCAGAGCAGAGACUGACUCAGAGUCAGCUGGACGACCAUGUCGCCUCCCCCCUCCCCCAAGAAAAGAGGAGAAGAAGAAGAGAAUGUAAAAAGGAUUUAAGAUUAUUCAGAAUCUUAUUUUUGUAAUUUCUUGUACCUUAUUGUCUCUGUUGCUCAGAGAGUCAUUCCUUCCUAAAGGCCCAUUCAGACAGGAGGAGCACUGAGGGGGGGUAGAGAUACUGUGUGUGAGGUGAGCCCCCCCCCCUCCCCCGACAGGUAUCCAGUCUGAAUGGAGCUUUAGACGAGCAGAGCGUUGUGUCGUGACUCCACCCACAUCAGGUCCAACAUGGUGUCUGAUUGGCUGCGUGUUUCCAGUGGUGAUGUUUUAAUUGGACAGCUGCUCUCUCAGUAUUAACCCUCAGUAACAGACGACGUGUGAUGAACAUGUUUGUGUUUUUAUAUUGUGAUGCUGAUGAACCAGGUCAUAGAUCUACUUAAAGGAGCACUGAGGCAUUAUGGGAAAUAAUUUGUUUCUUACUGGAGGUUAAUGAGCAGGUUUUCAGCUUUAAAAUAAAAACAAACCUGAGAGCAUCCUCAUCAUGUUCCAUCCUGUGGUUACCACAGUAACACCAGCAGGUGUGUUUCUGUUUCCAGACCAGCCAAACGACCUCAUCCUCCAUCUGAUGUCAGGAUGUGUCCUGUGGCUCCUUCACAAUAAAAGCCAGCUGAGGUGUUUUAAUGUGAAGCAGCAGGAAGUGUUGUGUUAGUGUUAGCAUUAGCACAUGGUCGGGCUGAUCUCAGCAGGAACACAGAGUCAGUUUGUUAACAAAAGUUUGAAUCUUCAGUGAAUCCCAGUAAGAAAACCAGAAUCAGAUGUUUCCUAAAAUGUGGAUGUUUCCCUUUAAAAGCAACACAAGCACCUUUUGAAUCAAACUCUGCUGUUUCAGUCUGAACCCAGUUUUCUUCUCCUGCAUCAUCACGCUGACUGACCCGACCAUAAACCUGUUGAUGAGCUCAGAUAACGUGUGGGAGCAGUUUGGAAUCAAACUGAUCUUUGCAGCUUUAAAGACUCAGACUGGUUUUUAUUUCCUUCUGUCCAUGCUGAUGGAGCUCUGCCAUGUUUUUGCUGCAGGUUUAAACUUUGUGAUUUCAGCUCUUUUCAUGUAAUCGAUCGAACUCUUUGGGCAAUAAAAUGAUUUCAGGAGA